AUGGCUCCACAAGCAUCAGAUAAGAAAAAACAACAACUGGUAGAAUAUUUACAAACGUUUACUCAAGAAAAUAUAUUUACUCAGAAAGAAUUUGAGAAAAAAUGUCCCGUCAAAGCACCUUCUCAACAGAUGAAAGAAAUGCUAGAUGGUGUCAUGUGUGAAUAUCCAUUAUUAUUGGAUACUUGUAAAUGUGGAAUUAUCAAUGUGUAUUACAUGUAUCCACAAGAGACACAACGACAGAUUAUAAAACAAUGCCUGGCAGUAGAGUCUAAAAUGAUACGGAGCAAUGCUCAUAUUGAAGAUAUGAAAAGGGAGUUAUUAAAUGAAUCUGAACAAAGAAUUAAUUUUAAAGGAAGAGAUAAUUUAUUGGAAAGGCGUACUCAAUUACAAAAACAAAAAAUAACUUUAUCGAAGGAAAUUUGUUUAUUAGAGAGGCAUAAUUUAUGUUGGAGUGCGGAAAGAAUUCAAUCAGAGACACAAAGGGUAACUGCUAUGCGUCAGGAAUUGGAAUCUUUAACUGAUGGGAUUGAAAUUUUAGCCGAUUAUCUUUGUAGUAGGUUUAAUAUAGAUCAGUAUGCGUUAAGACAGGAGCUUGAAAUUCCGCUUGAGUUUAAACAAUUAUGA